CGAUUACUCGGAAUAGCGGGGAUUGGCCUUGGUGACGGCUUCCGUCACGAGACGUCUCGUGCCCCGCCUCCGACUUACUAGAGUAAGGAAAAACACAGCUGAAGCGUAAACUGUUAUAAGCAGAGCAGAAGGUGGUUUAAGAUCUGAUCAAACAGCUACCUUACUUUUCGGAUUAACCGAAACGUCGGUUGUUUAGAUAUGGAUGAGAGCGAACUAAAACCUAGACGAAUUGAUGGUGCAAGACCUAAAGAGGAAAUCAGCGAAGGUCUUGGAUUUUGCGAAUGGAUUUUAGUAAUAAUUUCAGGAUUUUUCACAUUUCUCACCUUUCCAAUGUCAGUAUGGAUGUGCAUAAAGAUCAUUAAGGAAUAUGAACGAGCAAUCAUAUUCAGACUGGGACGCAUCCUUCCUGGAGGAGCCAAAGGACCAGGUUUAUUUUUUAUCCUGCCAUGCACAGAUAAUUUUGUCAAAGUGGAUAUGAGAACAAUUUCAUUUGACAUUCCUCCACAAGAGAUUUUAACAAAAGAUUCUGUAACCAUAAGCGUGGAUGGAGUGGUUUAUUACAGAGUUCAAAAUGCAACUCUUGCUGUGGCAAAUAUCACCAACGCAGACUCUGCUACACGGCUUCUAGCACAGACAACCUUGAGGAAUGUAUUGGGAACAAAAAGCCUAUCAGAGAUCCUCUCUGACAGAGAAGAAAUUGCCCAUAACAUGCAGUCAACACUGGAUGAUGCAACCGAUGCCUGGGGAAUUAAGGUGGAACGUGUUGAGAUCAAGGAUGUGAAACUGCCCAUCCAGCUUCAGAGAGCAAUGGCUGCAGAAGCAGAAGCUGCACGAGAGGCCAGAGCUAAGGUGAUUGCAGCUGAAGGUGAGAUGAAUGCAUCACGAGCCCUCAAAGAAGCAUCCAUAGUUAUUACAGAAUCUCCAGCUGCCUUACAACUUCGAUAUCUACAGACUUUGACAACCAUUGCAGCUGAAAAGAACUCUACCAUUGUCUUCCCACUACCAAUAGAUCUCUUACAGGGCAUUGUUGGUUCAAGAAACUGAUCUUUCUAUAGCAGUAUCAUGCAUUACUUUUUUCUUCUUUAAGCAGCCCUCAUCAGCAUGCUGUACUUGUAAUACAGAGAUACUGAAGAAAAUGUAAAAAAUGCAAAUGUAAUCAGUACUUCGCUGGAUAACAGUUUUAUGUAGUUGAUGUCAAUUUUGGCAUUUGAAAGAAACCUAUUUAGGCACUGUUCUGGUUUUGCUCCACUAAAGGAAUUUUUUCUUGUUUUUAAUUCAUCACUAAGCUAAAUUACAUACAAGGAAAACUGGGCUAAUGUCAAGCACCUCCCUCCAGUGUGUACAUGUGAAUAUCAGGUGCUACUUAUAACACACAGUUUUCUCAAUAGCAAGUUAUGCCAACAAGAAUGACCAGCUGAUUAUUGUUUCUGAAAAUAAAUCAGACUAAAGCAGGGUUUCAUUUCAAAGCUAGGUUUUGCUUUAUGCUGAAGAAAGACAGAGAAGUACUGAUGAUCUGUAAGCUAAAAAAAAUGUUUUCAAGGUUUUCUAAAUGGAGAUGACCUUAUUUUAAUGUUAAAAGCAUUUAUUUAUACUGCGCACACUCACAUGACAAUUGUGUACAUAUGUAUUAAUUUUAUUAAUCCUGGAUAACAAAUGUAAAUGCAUGUUUAGUUUUUUUUUCCAGUCUGAAAGUCUAUUUGUGUUAAAUGAUUUGAUGUCUAUUUUUUACCUGUACAUAUGUUUAUAUAUGUGGAAAUUAUAACAUCAUUUACAAUAAUCUGACCAUGGCUUUUGGCAUGAAAGCCUCUACAUUGUAUACUGAAUUGCUUUAACUUGCACAGUGGCCUUUUUUAACCUGACUCAAAUGGAUGUAGCAGUAUCUACUUCGAUAUGUGCGGAUGAAACUGUCAUGGGUGUUUGAAGUUCUCUUUCUGGAUUAAGUGUCAGUCAUAAUUUAAGGGGAGAGGCAGAGCUUUUAUUUAGCAUAUGCUAUGCAAUCUGUACUGAACAUGGUUUUCUUUUUUUUUUUUGGACAAUAUAUGACAGUUCACCAUUUACUCCCAAGAAAGGAAAUUCUGGUUCGGUUUCUUUUUGAACAGUAUGAUUAAAUAAAUGUCUGUUGUGCACAUUAUACAGAUAUGGUGCCUCCAAUUUAGUACUUUUCAUAUGUCACAAAAAUUAAAUAAAAUUGAAAUAAACAUC